AUGCCGGUUAAGGAGCUGAAGCAGCCAUGCACAAACUGCAAGGAUGCUGAAUUCGAGAUCACUGUGCGCCAGAAGAACCUUUGCCAACCUUGCUACAAAAGCUUUGUUGGCCAAAAGGUCGUUGGGCGCCUUAUUCAUUACCGACCCCACGGACGAGACCAUGCGCCCCAUAAGCUUCUCCUUCCCGUAUCUUAUGGCGUCUCCUCGUCGGUUCUGAUGCAUGUAUUGCACGCUGAUCGUCAGAGGCGCCUCGAUGCAGGACGUCUUGUAGGCUAUGACGUUCACGUACUCGUCAUUGAUCCAUCAACAAUUUCUGCGACAGACGAGUCAUUCGAUCAAAAAUUCAAAUUGAUGCAAGCCACCUACCCUGCCUAUACUUUCUCCUGCGUUCCCUUCCACGGCAUCUUUGAUCACGACGUGGAGGUCGAAGAAAUCAUGCAGGAAUAUGCAGGACCUCAUUUCAAGGAUAACAAGUCACUCUCCAAUGAAGAACGGUUGACUGCCUUCCGUUCAUCCAUCUCUACAGCCACCUCUCAGGCCGACAUUGACACCAUCUUACUAACAAGACUUGUUGUUGCAUUCGCAAAGAAGUCCGGAUGCCAGUCUGUUAUCUGGGGUGAUUCGGACAGCCGUCUCGCCGCAAAAGCACUUGCUGUCGUUGCUAAAGGACGGGGGCCUCCCUCACUUGGCAAGUAUCUGAUGGCAUCGGAGCUGCAUCAAUACGAGAGCAUCUGCCCAGAGCUUUCUGAUAUAAUAAUUCCCGAGCAGGCGCCAUCGGAAAAUGUUCUCACCAAAAACCUUUCCAUCGAUGAGUUGAUGCUACGAUAUGUCCAGAGCCAGGGCGCAAAGUACCCAGGUGUCAUGGCGAACGUAGCAAGAACAGCUAAUAAACUCGAUUCCUCGACCUCCGGUUCUGCCGCUACGUGUGCUCUGUGUGCUGGUCUCCUGGGAAAUACCGAGGGAAAUACCGGAGUCACUGUUUCCAACCAGGCACAGGACAACCAAAGCUCCCAAUUUUGUUACGGAUGUAUGCGAUCUCGACCUGACGAGCUUUGCUAA